AUGGUGGAGGUGACUGUCUUGGAUUAUGGAGCUGGCAAUGUGCGCAGCUUAAAAAAUGCGAUAUGCGCGGCAGGCCAUUCGGUAAAAAAUGUAACGUGUGCCAAGGAUAUUCAAAACGCCGAAGUACUCAUAUUCCCAGGUGUAGGCAAUUUUCGCGCCGCAAUGGAAUUUCUUCAUACUAAUGGCUACGUGGAUGAACUCAGAAGCUACGUUUUGGCGAACCGUCGUUACUUAGGAAUAUGUCUCGGCAUGCAGACACUUUUUGAAGGUUCAGAAGAGUGUCCUGAACUUAAAGGCUUGGGGAUUAUCAAAGGAACAGUGACACGCUUUCCGUCAGAAAAUCUGGCGGUACCACAUAUUGGCUGGAACGGAUUGAAUGCUUGGAAAAAGUCGGUACUCUUUGCAAUGUUACCCACGUGUGCGGAAAAUGCCAAAGUUUAUUUUGUCCAUUCGUUUUGUGCUUUAAAGACGGACAAGAAUGCCGACUGGGUGCUUUCUACAACAAAUUAUGGAGAAAUGGAGUUUAUCAGUGCUGUACAAAAGGGAAACGUCAUGGCUACGCAAUUCCAUCCCGAAAAGAGUGGUGCUGUUGGUAUUGCUAUCUUAAAGGGAUUUUUAGAGAGAAAGAAUUGUGCAGAUCAUGACACAUCUAUACUAUCGGUGGCUGUGGCACCGAAGACGAAGUUGUCCAAGCGAAUAAUUGCAUGUCUGGACGUGCGCACCAAUGAUCAGGGGGAUCUUGUAGUAACAAAAGGAGAUCAAUAUGAUGUCCGCGACUUCUCCAAUUGCGCUCGUGGAGGCAAUGUGCGCAAUAUGGGCAAACCAGUUGACUUAUGCAAGCGCUACUACGAUGAGGGUGCGGAUGAAGUAACGUUUCUUAAUAUCACGAGCUUCCGUGAACAGCCAAUGGGUGAUUUACCUAUGGUUCGAGUGCUAGAGGCUAGCUCCGAAUGCGUAUUUGUACCACUAACAAUUGGUGGUGGUAUCCGUGCCUACGUGGAUUCAGAGCAGAAGACUCACUCGGCGCUCGAUGUGGCGGACCUGUACUUUCGCUCUGGUGCUGACAAAAUUUCCAUUGGUAGUGAUGCAGUGUAUACCGCUGAAAAAUAUUACGCGAAUGGCGGUAAAGGUGAUGGCUCUAGCUCGAUCGAGACUAUUUCUGCCAAGUAUGGUAAUCAGGCUGUAGUGGUUUCCGUGGACCCAAAGCGGGUGUAUGUGGCAUCAUUCUACGAUCAGAAAGCAAAAGGCCACACCGUCGUUAAGCUCACAAAACCUGGACCGAACGGAGAGGAAUAUUGCUGGUACCAAAUGACAGUUUGCGGUGGCCGUGAAGCCCGAGACAUCGACGUAGUACAACUGGCCCGGGCAGUUGAGGCCCUUGGCGCUGGUGAGCUUUUGCUGAACUGUGUGGAUAUGGAUGGGCAGAAGUCUGGGUAUGAUCUCAGUCUGAUCUCGCUUGUGAAAAAAGCGGUCCGUAUACCAGUGAUUGCAUCCAGUGGUGCGGGUAAAUCGGAGCACUUCACGGAAGUUUUCAAUAAGACAAACUGCGAUGCUGCUCUCGCUGCUGGUAUCUUUCAUCGUAAGGAGGUGGCUAUUCAGGAUGUCAAGGCAAAAUUGCAUGCUGAUAGCAUUGAUGUACGCCUCUAA